CUUCACCUAUCUUAUGGGAAUAGGCCAACAGAGUGUCAUUUUGAAUCGAUGCGGCUACUCACCGCCAGUCUAUGCCUCGACGGUGUAGGAGUUGCAUGAUCUUCUCCACACUUUCCAGUUUCCCCGUUCUCCGGAAUGAAGCCGCCCAUGGCCUCCACUCUAGAGACUCUUCCACUACUCCCCACCACCAUCGGCACCACUGCCCACCACCCGAAGAAUCACAACCACAACCCGUCAAUCCUUCUCCUGGAGAAGUGCAAUAGCAUUAAGGAACUGAGACAAUUCAUCAGUGUAUAGAAGAAAGCGGAAUUGAGCUGAAUUUGAUCUUGGAAAAUGCUCUACUUGUUACGUACGCUACUUGUGGGAGAAUGGAUGAGGCAGCCAAUAUUUUCGAGAAGAUGCCGGUCAAGGACAUCAUUUCUUGGACGGCCAUGGUUACUGGAUUCACAGACAUGGGGAAGGUGGACAAAGCGAGAGAAUUGUUUGAUCAGGCAGCCAGGAGGAAGUCUGGCCCAACCAGUCUGCCCCAACGAUACGUGGAGUGAAGAAGUUGCUCGUCGAAAGAGGAGAGCAUUCACAGCGGCCCCUGAGCGUCAUCAUCGUGCCUACUCUUCUCGACGUCGCAAACUCAUCUGCUCCGACUUAGCAAUCGUCCUCCUCUACUCGACAAUGCAGAGCCCUCUGCUCCACCUGAGGAACCGUCGCCGUGCCUCCUUUGCUCUGCCAGAAGAAUCGGCACAGGUGACUACAUUGAAGAUUUUGGGUUUUGCAUUUUUUCCUUGUACAGUGCAGAGAUUGAUCGGCACAGGUGCUCUAAGUAGGACUGUCUGA